ACCUGAUCCCCUCAAAAUCUAGGUCUUCAAACUUCAAAGCUUGUCAGGGGCAGCCUUUUCCCAGCUAUAAACUCUCACCUUAACAGGACUUAUCAUCAAACGUCUCUCCAUCUUUUACCCCCAACCGCCAGCUACGAGUGACUGUGAAUAGGACAUUCCUGACAAUGGCAGCCGCUCGAGUGUGGUUCAUUACUGGCGCGGGUUCUGGUUUUGGCAAGCUGGUGGCCGAAUUAGCCCUGCAACACGGAGAUCAUGUAGUCGCGACGUCUCGCACCUCUGAGAGCCUCGUCGAAUUGCAAUCCAAAUUUCCCAGCGAUCAACUCUUAACUAUCCGUCUGGACGUUAGUCGUACCCAGGAGAUCCAGGAUGGUUUCGCAGCUGCGCGGGAGAAAUUUGGUCGCAUCGAUGUGGUAUUUAAUAAUGCGGGUUAUGCAAUAGCGGGUGAACUUGAAUGUAUACCGAUUCCUGCAGCUCGGGAAGUCUUUGACGUGGAUUUCUGGGGGUCGGCCCAAGUCAGUCUGGAAGCCGUCAAAUUUUUCCGAGAGGUCAAUGCUCCCGGAGUUGGUGGCAGACUUCUGGUCACUGGCUCGUUAACAGGCGUUAUUACAAUGCCUGCUGUCGGAUAUUAUUCAGCUGCAAAACACGCGCUGCAAGGAUUUCAUGAGACCCUCGCGUCCGAGCUGGAUCCAGGAUGGAAUGUGAAGAUUACAAUCUUGGUCCCUGGCGUAUUCCGUACGGCAGCGGUCGGUAAAACGGUGGUAUUUCCACACCAUCCGGCUUAUACCAAACCCAAUCUUCCUUCCUCCGUCGUGCGAACCCUUAUCACCAACCCAGAUAUAGGAUCUGACGCGUUGAAGGCCGCACAGAAGAUAGUGAAGCUCUCAGAUUUGGCUGAGCCACCUGCGAUCCUUUUCCUCGGUCAGGAUGCUCUGAGUGCUUUACAAGCUCAUUUGUCUAAAUUAUCCGAGGCAGUGGAGGCGUCGCGACCGUGGUCGGAUGACCUUACAUAGUGUAUCCCCAUUUGUUGGUGUCAUUGGUCAAUCGAUGCUGGAUACAAGUGUGACCUUCCAUCGGAUGGAUAAUGAUCAAGAGAAUAACGUUCAAUCGUGCAUACACAUGUUGUGAUGUUACGUGUUCGUUAUGUACAGAAAGCUCUUUUUGUCCUUCUGAGAUACUUUUCCAGCGC